AUGUUCAAUUUUUCCAUUGCCUAUUGGUUCAUCAGUGUUGUCCUGUCUUUCUAUCCUCAGGACCUUGACUCUCAAUCGACGUCGAACCUCUACCUCGCCGUCAAGCAUCCAGUUGAUGAUCGCAAGACCAUAUCCCUUGCCUCGGAGGAUGUGGCAGCUGCAGAUGCGAUGAUGCAUGCAGUGGGGUCGGGAGGGGAGUCAGCAAUUGGGACCUCCACAGCUUUUGAGAUAGAUGCCACCCCAGAUGAGAGGUUGACUGAGGACAGCAGCAUUGGGAACACAGGCGCCAUUCCAAGCGGAGCCAUUGGCUACCUGAAGGGUGCAGCUCGGGUGACAACUGCUAUGGCUUUUGUGGUGGCCUGCAACCAGCUGUUCUUCAACAUGAAGAAAUCGACACGAGGAAACAUCAGGAAAUCUCCAUCAGCCAUUUCUUGGGUAGUGUCGUUAAGCAACAUUGCUGGUGGCAAAGCCGUGGAUGCCGGAAGUGUGAUCAAGCAAUGGAACUCAGUUGCUGCAAAGCCCGACCGGCUGCUGGGGGCAAAGCACCAGUCGGUGACAAACAUCUUGAAUUUUACCCCAGACUGCAGAGAUGUGAUCCUCGAUUGUGAAAGUUGCUUACUCACCUUUCAGAUGGUGGCGAACAGUUGGGCCAAACUGAAACCCGACGAACGAAGGAAGCUCAACCGAUCCCAACUGGAAGAGAAGAGUUCAGUUUGUGCACUGGCAUGCUCAUUGGUGGAUGAGCUCUCGGUGCAAGUUCCAAAUGUGGAACCUGUCCUUCGUGAGAAGUUCCUUGGCCGGCUGCAGAGAGGAGACUCGACCCUCGAGAUGGAUUUGUUGAGCGCCGUGGAAGCCAAAUCGGAUGCAUGGGUCCCAAGGGAAAAUGCAUGUAUCAUGGACAUCCUGAAUUCCAUGGCCCCACAGAAAGGACCAGCUGUGAGCAUGGGGGAACUUGAAGCAUCGAAAAGUGCAGUAGAUUCCAGUGCACUACAGCUAGUGAUCCAAGAGAUUCAGUAUGAUGAGAAGUGCAUGGCAGCUUUCAAUUCCCGCAUGAGCAGUUACGAGAUCAGAUUGGCCCACCAGAAGAAUGAAUGGGUGUCCAAAAAGCUCUCAAUGGCAAAGGAUGCUGUGAACAAAUGGAUGGAUGCAAAGGUCGCUGCAGAUGCUUGGCCUGAAAAGAUUGAUGGUGCUACAGCAAUCAACAUGAAGCAGCAGGUGGAGGAUUCUGUUCAGAAAUGGAUGCAGUCCCAACAGCUUCGCACCCCUGCGUAUCUCUUUGUGGCCAAUUACUCUGCGCCAUCCUUGCUGAAAUCGGAGAUCACUCCAUGCAUUUUGCAUCUGAUGGGGCAUACCAUCUCAUCGUACCCGGCAACUAGCUGUGGAGUCUUCUUGAACCCCCAGUUCGCGUACAAGACCAACCUUUUCACUGAGGAAUAUGGGCUAGUGCGUGCGCUCUCAUCUGCAGGGUGCUCCGUGGACACACAGUUCCAACUCCUUUUCGAUGUGAAGUCCAAGGAUUUGCGGGACCAACGCCCAAUGGCGUAUGGUGGAAGGUUCAUUAGCCCAUUGCAGAGCUCUUUGGACAUCAACAAGGAUGAAUGGAUGUGGAAGAGCUCAGCUCUUCAGAGAUUGAGGCGCACUGUGGGGGAGGCAAAGCAAACCCCAGCAAAGCAGAUGAUCCACAUGGAAGAGCUUUCACCUACUGCCUUGCCAACGGCAAUUCAGCCUCCGCACGGUGCGCAGAAGUAUGCGCAAAUCGGGGGGGAUGCUGCAGAGCAGCUCUUGAUGUCAGCGGUUGAUGGCGUAUCGUUUACAUCCUCCAUGGGCCUUGUCGUCGUCGAUUGCUGCCCCAAUGUGGGCCAUGUCUUUGAGGGGUUUGUGCGCAUGGAGCAAAAGGUGAAUGUACCGUCCAUUUAUCUUCCAAUCUACACCGACAUAGACCAUAAGGAUUGGUCUGAAGUGUUUUGGACUGCGGAGCUGGUGUCGCUUUUCCAGCAGGGAAAGCUCAAUGUGCCAGGAUGUGAGAGGCUUCAAGAUGAUCCACCAGCUGAACAUUUGGAAGCACCGCCAGAACCACCAGCGUUGAAGAAAUGCACAUAUGGAAAGGUUGAUGGCCAGAUUGUCACCCUGGAGAUCCCUGAAUCUAUUGUCAAGCAGUGGGAAUCAAAGCCUGAGUUCAAAACAUACUAUGAAGAAUUCCUUGGUCGAAAUCCCCCAGUCAAAGAAUUCAAAGGGCUCUCAGUCUCCAAGAAGAAGACCGAUCCAUCAAAACCUGGAAACCCCACCGCCGUCUUGCCCACCAAGAAGCGUCGUUUGGUUGAAGACAUCUCGGGAUCCAUUGUUGAUGUCUCAUCGCUCCCAGAUCCUGAUGAGGUGCUGAUUCAGGUCCCAAUAGUCAAUGCCCGGGCAGCGAAAAAAUUGACUACCAUGCCACUACUUCGUAUCACCAAGAAUGGCGGCCCAAUGAUUGUGAAUCAGACUGGCCAAGAGGUCACACUGCAAGAAUCGUCGGUGCUUUGUGGGUUUGGGCGGGCCAAGUUCAAGGAGGCCCCAGUGGACCCAUCUCAGAUUGACCCUGAUGUGGAGAUCCCGUUUGAUGUUGGUGCUGACACCCAUGGUGUUCUGGACAAUGUCUAUGGCACUAUGGCCGAACAUCUACACUUGGCAUCUCAAACCAAACCGGAAAAUUGCCGCGUGUGUUACCACAAGGCCUCCAAAGAUCCAGAGGGAAAUUGGGUUCUUGAGAAGGCAGGGGCAACCAACUGUUGA